AUGGCGGCCCUCCAGGAACCUCGCCCGGGGCAAGGAUGGUCGGAGACCCGGCCUACCCGAGCUCCGCGGCGGGCCCUGGAGCGGACUCGAGGCGAGGACUCCGCACCGGAACCCGCGGUAAGCGACGACAGCGACGUGGAGAUGAUCGGCGAUCCCGCCGUCGAGGAGAGAGAAUACGCGGCCGAGGAACGCAGCCCGAGGGACGAGGACGAGGACGAACCACGCGCGCCAUCCCCUCCGCGGUGGAUACCCGAGGUGCCACCCACUCCCCGCUACGAGGGGGAGUGGCUCACGGACGGCGACGAUGGAGCACCGUUGGCCACGCCGCCGUGGAGGCCGGCCCGGCCACCCACGCCGCGAUACACGGAGCCACGACGACCGGUGGAGCAGACGCCGAGCGAGGAGUCGACCGCGCAGCCGAUGCCGCAACCGGAGGAGGAGGACGUCCACCAGGCAAGGGCGGACGAGCCGUCGGUGGUGCGGACGGAGGUGCCGGCCGCGCACGUGAGCCACAGCACACGGGCGUUCGAGGCCGAGGGCAUGCGGUGGCGGCAGCAGACGGUGACAUGGACGUGGCCCGAGGGGCCCGCGACAGGACCGUCGAAGGAGGUGCCCAGGAUAUGGGAGGAGGGGGCACCAAAGGUGAACCCUCGGGAUCCCCGGACGAGGAGCCGACAAGAUGCAUGGGUCCCGCCGACACCAAGCACGGGCCCGCCAACACCGGCGACGACGGCAACGACGGGGGAGGCGGAGUCACCGGAGAAAGGACCAUGGGUGUGGCCCGAGCCACCGGCCACCCAAAGGCCUCCGCUGCAGCGACAAAAUUCGACGCCCGGAUCGACGCGCCCGCGGCCGCAGUUCAUGCGGCAGGUAUCGGCGCCGGAGGAAGGCGGUUGGCGCGUGGUCGCCAGGAGCGAGUGGCCGGUGGGCAUUGAGGAAGCACCCGCGGUCGCGACGGCACGGCGGAAGGGCGGCAGGCGGUGCGUCCUGGUCUGCGAUGGCGGGAGGAGGUACCGGGUGAGGCUCGGAGUCGCGGGCAUCCGGGUUUUCGCACAAUAA